AACGCGAACGACUUGCUAUCGUUUUGUGGAACUCUUCAGUGUUUGGAGAAUAUUUCAGUCCUUAUUGUUGUAUUUUUCGGUAAAAUAUUGAAAAAUGGCAACUGAAACUCAAAAUACAGAUGACAAGAAAGAGGAAGCAGGUGGAUCCGGUGAAGAAGCCUUUGAUUCAUUUUAUCAAGAGGUCAAAGCAAUUGAACACAGAGAUUCAGUCUUAACUUCGAAACAACAGAUUGACAAAUUAAGCAGACCAGGUUCCACAUACUUCAACCUCAACCCUUUUGAUGUACUUAACAUUGACCCAGAUACCUCACUUGCAGACAUCAAGAAGAAAUACAGACAGAUGUCAAUAUUGGUUCAUCCAGACAAAAAUCAAGAUGAUCUAGAUAGAGCACAGAAAGCAUUUGAUGCUGUAAACAAAGCUUAUAAAACACUAGCCAAUGAGGAGGGAAUGAAAAGGUGCCAAGAAAUCAUAGAAGAGGCAAAAUCCAGGGUGGAAGAAAUGAUUAAAGCCAAAAGGAAACAGUUAAAAAAAGAAGGGAAAAGUACAGAUGUGCCAGAGGAUGAUCCUGAAAAGAAGAAGCAUGCUGUGUAUGUCCAGACCUGUAAGCUAUUUGCAGACCUGGAGAGAAUGAGGCAGGAAAGAGAAAUGAAAGACAUGCAUGAACGAAAACGUAAGGCAGAAAAAGAUGCAGAAGAGGAGGAAACAAAGAAACGAGAAACAGAAUGGAAGAAAAACUUUGAGGAGAGCAGAUCUGAUCGUGUUGACAGCUGGAGAAGUUGGAAGAGCGGGGGCAAGAAAUCUAAGGGGACAUUCCGACCCCCCAAACCCAAGGUCGAGAAACGGUAGUACCAACCCAGGGUGUUCAUAUGUCAUUUUAUGUGGAACAUUUGUGAGAAAGUUGUGAGGUGUCUACAUACUCAUAUAUUGCAGCAGAAGGAUUUGUUUGAAUAUGUUAAUGUUUCAAUGAAGUUCAAGUUCUUUAAAAAUGGCUGUCUCAUGUACAGUACAAGCUGAUUUGUUCAUGUCAUUUUGUCAGAGUUACAUGUAUAUGUUGAAAUUUUUUUUUGUGAGCAAAACAACUUUUAUGAGUGAUUUCAUACAGGAAAAUGCUUGUAUGUUAAAAAAGAAUUCAUCAUUUUAGUUUUUAAGAUUUAUAAUACUUUAACAUGUACAUACUGGUAGGUAUGAAGAGGCUUUUUUUUUAAGUUGCCAAAAUGCAAUUCUGUUGUUAAAGUUAGGUGGCACUAAAUAAAAAACAUUCUUUUAAUGGUUUCAGUGAACAGUUUUACAAUUAAAAAUCAAUACCCCUGCAACCAGGAUGGGACAGAUGAAUGUAAUAUAUUCAUUGAUAGCCAAGGUAUAUCCCUUCUAUGUCUGACAUUUAUGUGAAACUUCUGAAUCUGUGAAGCGCUCCUUAUUUUUAACUGUACUUUUCCCAAAACUAAUCAGUGUUGCAAGAUUAGAAUAGACCUUUGAUUGAUGAUAAUUAAAAAUCAAUAUGGAUAUCCUGAAGCAAUUUUACCCUGUGCUUAACGAUGCACUUCCCGACAGUAAUGUUUAUUUUGGUUUGUUUACAGGUGAUAUUUUUCUGUAGUAAUGACACCACCGUUAUUUAAGAUAUUGCCUUUUUACAAUUAAAGGCUUUGAAUGAGGGACAUAUAUUAACAUUUACUAGACAUCAAUUUGUCAACUGUAAUGAAUUUAGCAUUUACAUUAGUACAUGUAUAAUUUGAGUCGUGUACAUAUAGUAAAGCAAAAAACUUAGAGCAAGCAUUCUUAUAAUAAAUUGAUGCAUAAAUGAAUUGAUUUUCAUUCCCUGAAACAUAAAAAUGUAUUGUAAACUUUCAAGGAAGGAUCACAAUAACAAUAUGCUUACAAUAAAGCAAAACUGUCUGUCCCUUAGACUUGGUAAUACAUGUAUGCAUAUUUUACUCUAUUGUUUUGACUGCCAUUUGACUCUCCAAAACAUAUUCUGAUAGUUUUAUUGAUUACAUUUCUGUAGAUAACUCUGUUACAAUUUAUUAACACAACCAAUUUAUUUCAGGACAAAAAAAAAUCAUACAUGGAAUACAUGUGUUUACAAAUUACAUGUAUGUUAAUAUAAAUAUUUGUCUGCAAGGAGUUUUCAUUGAUUAUUAAUUUUCAUUAGCAUAAAAGAAUCCAUAUUGCAUCAUAUUUCAUAUUAUGUCAUUCGAUUCCAUUUUAAAUCAUUCAUUAUGAAUAAAUAGCCAUUGAAGAGUAUAUUUUUCAAAUCAAUAUUUAAUAUAUUGGUUGCAGAGUAUAACAAACAAUUUGUUGUUAUCAAACUUGUCCAGUGUAGUGUUUUCCAACCCUACAAAAUUCAGAUUAAUAAACACUGGAAAAUUU